AUGGCGCGCAAACCCGCGAAUUCACCAAAUGAUCCCUCUCAAAUAGCAACCAUCAUGCUAUCCUGGCACGCCCUCGAGCUCAUCUCAUGCACCACUCUCCAAACUCUCUGGGCAGGCUACGGCCAAAUCUGCGCACUUAACGUGCGCGCUACAACCGAUAAAGCUGCCGCAGAUUUAUGUCAGCUCUGCGGGACGGAUUUACAGGGCGCAGGCUCUACAUUUCCUCUUAUCUUGAAGCUCAUUUCACCGCCAAGCCAUAACCGCACUGCGGAUGAGGGGCAUUUACGGAAAAUGUUAAGUUAUGAGGUUGAACAGUACUUUUACAGUGAGGUUGUUCCGAUUCUCGGUGAUGAGGUCGCUGUUGCGAAAUGCCUUGCCUCGACGAGGUAUUUAAACGCCGAUGGCCCGAGAAGAGAUGGUCAGGAGUUGCUGGAGGGCCUGAUGGCUACUAUUAUGGUUGAUCUGCGUCCUGCAUUCCCUGUUUCUGGUGGGAAGAGAAGUGCUCUGAGUCAGGUUCAAGUCCACGGAGCUUUGGACUGGUUGGCUCGUUUUCAUCGGAGGUCGUGGGAUUUGUUACCCCGUGUCUUUGAUGGAUAUGUCUUGCCACCUUUCGAAGAAUCAAAGCGCAGAGAAGGAAGUGGGAGUGGCGGAGAUGGGUUAUGGCUCAAUGGAGGUUAUACUUAUCUUGCCACGAGGCGUAUGGAGUAUCGCUCUUUGCUCCAGGAUUCGGGUUCAGUGUGGUGCGAGGCUUUGUGCACCAGAGUGUCUGAUGAAUCGCCGCUUUCGAUUGCUGAAAUGGUGGCGCUAGUCUUGACACCAUGCGGCCGGGAUAUUGAGUCGUAUAUUCAUGGAGAUGUCAAGUCCGAGAAUCUAUUCACAACAAGUGCGGGAGAUGGUGUGGCGUUUUUCGACUUUCAAUAUGUCGGGCUAGGACUUGGAGCCUGCGACCUGGCGAAACUGUUCACAUGCUCAGUACCGAUGCAUAUGCUUGUUGACGAUGAGGACUAUGUGCCCGAGCAGCUGGCAAUGUGCAAGGGCGAGAAAGAACUGUUGCAACGGUACCACUCCAACCUACUUCAAAACAAAGGGUCAGAAUUUUACGAAUGGAAUGAAUUCUGUCGACACUGGGAGACAGCACUGGUGGACUGGUGUAGAUUCCAGGCAUCCUGGGGGUUCUGGGGCAACACAGAGUGGCUCGAAGCCCGCGUACGAUCAAUAUUGAGUGAUCUGGAGUGGUUGGCCUGGUUAGAUAGAAGUGUUAAAAAGUCGCAAAGAUUAGACGGCGCAUUUGCUACCUAG